AUGUCCGAGACUAUCGAAGGUAACGUCAAGAUCGACAGACUGUCCCCAGGCGACGGCAAGACUUUCCCAAAGACCGGUGACCUCGUCACUAUCCACUACACCGGCACCCUGGAAAACGGCCAAAAGUUCGACUCUUCUGUCGACAGAGGCUCCCCCUUCCAAUGCAACAUCGGCGUCGGCCAGGUCAUCAAGGGCUGGGACGCGGGUAUUCCAAAGCUCUCCGUUGGCGAGAAGGCGAGACUGACCAUCCCUGGUCCUUACGCCUACGGUCCUAGAGGCUUCCCAGGUCUGAUCCCUCCAAACGCCACCCUGGUUUUCGACGUCGAGCUGUUGAAAGUCAACUAA